AGACCAUAUCAUAUUCGCUCCAGUACUUCCAGCAAGGAAAUUGUGCACAUGUUUGCAACAGCUAUUGUGACUUAUCCUUCAGCUUGGUCACAGGAAAUGGUGUCCCUUCUUAAGAAGCUACUUGAACCUAAUCCAGACCAACGGUUUUCUCACUUGACUGACAUUCAGAACUUCCCAUACAUGAAUGAUAUGAAUUGGGAUGCAGUUUUGCAGAAGAGGCUUAUUCCAGGUUUUAUUCCUAAUAAAGGCAGGCUGAAUUGUGACCCCACCUUUGAACUUGAAGAAAUGAUUUUAGAAUCCAAACCUCUCCACAAGAAAAAGAAGCGUCUGGCAAAGAAGGAGAAGGAGAUGAGGAAAUGUGACUCCUCUCAGACAUAUCUCCUUCAAGAGCAUCUUGCAUCUGUCCAGAAGGAGUUUAUAAUUUUCAACAGAGAAAAAGUAAAAAGAGACUUUAAUCAAAGGCAAGCAAACGUAGCCUUAGAACAACCCAAAAACCCACAGGAAGAGGAUGGCCAGAAUAACAACCUGUGA